UCUGAUUACUCUUGGAAAGAUUUAGAUACCAAACUAUGCAGACAUCUUUAGUUUAGGGUUUGUGUUCUAAUCUGGUUACUGUUAUGGUCAUUAGCCAUAUUCAUGAUUGAUGUUUAUAUUCUGCAGUGUUUUUGAGAUUUCAUAAGCUUAUCUCUAACUAUACAAGAACAAGCACGUCUAUCACAUUGUUUUGACAUCAUUUCUUGCUGAUUUAUUGUUUGGGCUUUUAAGGCUUAUGUUACAACUCUUUUUGAUUUUGAGUGUAUAUAUAGCUUUGUGAGAAUUGUGAUUCAUGUGAACUGAUGCUCUAUGCUUCUCUUGGUAGUUGACUCUUUUUACCCUUUAGGAUGGUGCCGAUAUAGCUUCUCUGUCAUUGCUAUCUAUGUAAGCAGGUUGUGUUAUAUGUAUCUGAUUGAUUUCCUAGCUUACCUUUGAAGCUUAGUAUUAUUGAAGAUUAAAUUCAAUUUUCUCCAUUUUUGGUGCUUUUCUUGAGUCAUUCUCAUUGUUGGAAUUCCGCCUUAAUUGCGGUCCGCCCAUAGUCGCCUUAAUUGCGGCAUUUAGGCUAGCAUCCAACACCUUCGUUGUGUUGGGUUUGAAGGGGUGAAAUUAGUUCAACAUUGAUUAGAGAUAUAUGGUCUGUAGUGUGUUUAUAAGUGAGGGCAAUCCUCGGCUAACAAGCUGGUUUUAUAGGGAUGAGUUAGGUCCAUCCCUAAUUCUAAGAUGGUAUCAGAGUCUAUCCUAGAUCCAUUGUUGGGCUUCCCGCAUUGUCCAAGCUUCGGUCUCAUUGAGACCCAAGCGUGAGGGCGUGUGUUGGAAUUUCCGUCUUAAUUGCAGUAUGUUCCUAGUCACCUUAAUUGCGGAACUUUGGUUAGUCUUCCCUUUAGCCUCCAACACCUCCAUUGUGUUGGAUUUGAAGGGAUGAAUUUAGUCCCACAUUGAUUAGAGAUAUAUUGUCUGUAGUGUGUUUAUAAGUGGGGGCAAUCCUCACCUUACAAACCGGUUUUGUUGGGAUGAGUUAGGUCCAACCCUAAUUCUGAAACUCAUAAACCUAUUUGUUGAUGAUAUUGUUGUUUACAUGUUUUCAAUGGAUAGAUUCUCUUGCAUAUACAGCUACAUAUGCUGGAAUUCUUUCUAAUUUUUUUGUAGAUUUCAAUAAUAUUUAAGAUGGUUAUAUUUUACACUAAGGAUUUGCAAGUUUGUAAUUUGUAUAUUUUGCUACAUUGUUCAACUUUAAUAUGUAUCCCUUGUGUUUAUUGGAAACAAGAAAAUAUAGAACUUGUAAGUUGUAAGAAAAGCAAAGCAAAUCAGGGUAUUUUCAUGUAAUUUGUCCCUGAAAGUACUUUUUUUGAGGUUACCUAGGACUUAUCGAGAAGGAGGCUGGGGUUCUCUGCUCUGACUAGUGCUCACUUUUCAUCCAUUAAUUCUCCAUUGAUAGACAAAAAGAAUGAAGAGGUACAAUUUAAUUAAGAUUUUCUCGAAUAACCAAAGGACAUUGUUUAAGGUUGGCCAUUACCAUAUCCGGCUCAGAGAAGAGGAAUUCGGGCAGCGGGAAGUCCAGCUUGGUUCACACACUAUGAGCUCUCACGGAUAUGCAGUUGCUAGAGUACACAUGCACGACUGGAUCAUGCUAUUGCUCCUUGUAUUGAUUGAAAUCACCUUAUACAUGAUCCAUCCUUUCUAUCGCUUUGUUGGGAAGGAAAUGAUGACUGAUCUCAAAUAUCCCUUGAAGAGUAAUACAGUUCCUGUUUGGGCUGUUCCUAUGCUUGCAAUCGUAUUGCCUAUCGUGAUCUUUCUCGUAGUUUAUGUCCGAAGGAGAGAUAUCUAUGAUCUUCAUCAUGCCAUACUGGGUCUAUUGUUCUCCAUUUUAGUAACAGCGGUGAUAACUGAUGCAAUAAAAGAUGCAGUAGGGCGACCUCGACCAGACUUCUUUUGGCGAUGUUUUCCAGAUGGAAAGGAUGUUUACGAUAAAUGGGGAGAUGUCAUUUGUCAUGGUGACAAGAAUGUCAUUAAGGAAGGACAUAAGAGUUUCCCAAGCGGCCAUACUUCAUGGUCAUUUGCUGGUCUAGGUUUUUUAUCAUUGUACUUAUCUGGAAAAUUAAAAGCAUUUGAUCGCAAAGGUCACGUUGCAAAACUUUGUAUUAUUUUUCUACCGCUACUUGCUGCAUCACUUGUUGCCGUUUCUCGAGUUGAUGACUACUGGCAUCAUUGGCAGGACGUGUUUGCUGGAGGUCUAAUAGGGCUUGUAGUAGCUACUUUUUGCUAUUUGCAGUUUUUUCCUCCUCCUCAUCAUCCUGAAGGUUGGGGACCUUAUGCUUAUUUUACGAUGUUGGAAGAAUCACGAGGUAUGGCACAAGGUCCUAAUUCUCAAAAUGGUAGUCAAGAAGCUCAAUCUGAGAACCAAGAUGGACAAAGUCAACAUGGGUGUAUAGGGCUAUCUUUAGCAGAGAAUCAAACUUCAACAUUAGAAGAUGAACUUGAAUCAGGGAGGAGAUAAAAUCUGCACACAUCAUUGUAAAUGAUAUCCUAGAGUUCGUUGAAUAUGUUUUCUCUAGGUUGUCACUAACUUUGAAGCCUACUUUUUGUUUACAAUAGUCAGAUUUAGAACAAUCUGUUACUUUGUGAAUAAUGUGGACAUAAGGGUCCUCUAUUGGUAGCCAAUUUAGUAUCUGUUUGGUAAAUCAUAAGUUACAGAAUGUAUAGCUUCUAUUUUUUCACAUAAAAAAUGUCUCGGAAUGUGAAAAUGUUAUUCCUAUACCAAACAUACACUUGGAGGCUGUUUGGUUUUAGAAAUCCCAUCGAAGUUAUAAUCUGCUGUUUUUGUCUA